CUUUCAGAGAGAUCUCAAUGCAUCCGUGCGAUCGAUCGAUCGGUUUAUCAUCCCCGCUAAUUCCAUCCUCAUCUUUCUUCGCUUACGGAUCGGCUGUUUACGGAUCGAAAGAAAAAGUCACAAAAUCUUUCUUUUUUCAACGUGAAAGAUAAAGCACAUUUUUUACAGAUCGAACACGGCGAUACAAUCGACGAGGAAGGAUGAUGGAUGUUGUAAAACGGCCGGUAUAAUUUUUUCCAGUGUAUAAUUAUAUAAUAGACGGAGGCUGGAGGCAGAUGUUAGAUGUGUACAUUUACAUGCAAUAAAGUAAUGAAUCAUUAUCUGUAGGAAAAGUGUUUAUACGAUAUUUUAGUGCGUUAUUUUAUAUGACCUUUUUUUUCAGAUACUUUCUAAAUAAAAUUUUAAGUCUGUGUUUGGAUUUUUCUAUAUUUUUCAGGAAUUAAAGUAUUGCACACAAAGCAAUACUUUGAAUAAAUGAAUUGCAAAUGACUCGUUGGUUAAUUCAAUUUAUUCUAAAUUGUACUUAAUAUUAUAAUUUUAUUGUAUGUUCUAUUUUAGUGUUAGUAAUUGGCAGCAGCUAUCGUAAACACAAAAUUCUAAAACAUUCAGAAUAAUAAUUUGAAUCUAUUAAUUUAUUUUUAAUAAGAAUAAAAUCAAAAUAUAGAUGUAUAUUGUAAAAUAGUAAUCGGAUUUAAUUCGUUUUUUUUACAAUAUUUUUUUUUUAAAUAAACGCAGAAGAUCACAGGUUGAUGAAAGGAGGCAUUGAUGAAACUGUACAUCAAGAGAAUAUCUCAAGCAAUGAUCAACGUAAUUGUGCGAACACCGUCAGCUAUAUUCGGAAUUUCUACACAAACGUAUAAAGGAAAUAAAGGUGCCGCUAAACAGUCUCGUGCGCGCGUCUGCUCGGACCGCGUUUCAAACUGCAUGGUGCCGCGACUCCGGCGGCUACUCCAAGUAGCUACCACCGCGAAUCCUUUCCUCGCUCGUUUCAAGCUCGAUGCCAAUAAAAGCUAUUCUGCGAACGUAAAGUGUCGGAAGUGCGAGUAGUUAAACCACAUUGUGCGCAUCUGUCAAGACUCGUACCUCUGUGACACGAAAACUCCCUCGUUUCUUUCGCAUUCGAAAAGAAAAUCGUUGAAUUUCCAUCGUCCGUAUUAAGAGCAGCGCCGUAAAAAUCUCUUCUCUCGUGUAACGUUAUUUUCUUUUUUAAUAUUUUUUUGCGCGAAGUCUAUCUGAUCUUGGUUGAUUUAAAAUCCAGUCGUAUAAGACUAUAUGAAUAUCACGAUGAUAGCGAACAAGACUGUGCCAUCGAAAAUCGAUAAUGUGAUCAAGACAAUGUGGACUCUUUACGAUUACUUUCACGGAAGCUAUAAGGACUACCUGUUGAUUAUUCUCUACGCACCAACUGUACUGAUUGGUGUGAUAGCUAACAUUUUUGUGAUAAUAAUGGUCUGCAAGUAUCAUUUAAAGAGCGUUACAUACUAUUUUGUGAUUAAUCUGUCCGUGGCUGAUUUAUUGGUUGCUAUAAUAUGUAUGCCAAUGACAAUCAGCCAGGAAAUAUCGAUGUCAUGGAAUCAAAGUGAAUUUCUGUGUAAACUGACCUCUUAUCUGCAAAGUGUGAGUGUUACCGCCUCGAUAUACACUAUUAUGGCUAUGAGCAUCGAUAGAUACCUAGCCAUAAGGAAUCCCAUGACUCUCCGCUGCAUAUGUAGUCAGAGGAACAUUAUUCUCGUUAUUAUAACUAUCUGGCUUGCGUCCAUGACUUUUUUAAUUACGAUCUAUGGAGCGAUGAGAUUGCAGAAUCCAAUGGCGGAUGUCAUUGAAUACUGGAACAAGAAUGUGAAAAGUGAGAAUUUCUCGACGGCCAUUGAGAAUUUCUCGCGCAAUGCCACCUCUUCGAUACCACCAGAUUUCAAUAUGUGCAUAGAGGAUCUCACGUCAUUAGGAAUCAGGCAAGAUGUCUUUGGCAACGUAUACUUCCUGUUCUGUACCGUAAUUCCAUGUCUCGUUGUAUUAUUGGCAUACUCAAUGAUUGGUUUCACUCUUUGGUCUAAAAAGCCACCGUUUGAUUAUGACAACAGGGAAAGCGUCAGCUCGCGACAGGGCUCCAGAUUACGACAGGACAGAAAACGCGUUGCCCUGAUGCUAUUAUUUCUGGCUAUACUCUUUGCUGUUUGCUGGCUGCCUUAUAAUAUUAUCAAAUAUUUGCUCGAUCUCGGUAUUUUUGAACCGUCGACAAACAACACGUUAAGCAAUGCACUAAAGUACUUCCUGUUUCUGGGACAUGCAAACAGCGCCUUGAACCCCGUAGUCUAUUGCUGGAUGACACGUGGUUUUCGUCAGAAUUUCUCGAGGAUUUUUCGUUGCAUCUACAAUCGAGUCUCUAGUCGUAUCUCUAGUCGCGUCUCUAACGUGUCGCACCAUGAUCCUUCCCGAAGAAAUGCGAUGACGAUCACUGACGACAAUAUGCAACACAUCCCAAUGUAUUGGCGAAGGCUGGUAAGAAUCCGCAGAAAUGCUAUUUUGGUACGCCAGCACAAACGAAUCGGGUAUUUAAGUAACAGUGAUGAUAAAGAUAUUAAAUUGAGAAACAUCUAUGAUGUUUCGAACGCACAGAUUGAUCGACCGGAGAACAACGACAAGAAAGAUCUACAGCAAAGUAACGACAAAAGUGAAUUAGAGACUAGCAGGGUUGGUUACUACCCAACCCUGGAGACUAUACAGCCAAAACCGAGCACCUUGUGUACCACAGACGGACAACAUUAAUUGUUCCCCUGCCAAUCACCUUUACUCUGGGGAGAGGCAUAAUUAUCAAUCUUCUUUAAUGAAAGAAUUCUUUUCUUUUUUUUAUUAAAACUUUAUUCUCACAAUACGUAUAGCACGCAACGAGUCCGAGCGCUGUCGAUAAUCGCUGCACAAAGACAUUACGACACAAUGUAUGAUACAAUGAGAUUUGUACACUAAAUCGAUGACGGAUAUCUGCUAGUGUGCAUGCGUGCGUGCGUGCGUGUAUGCGUGUAUGCGUGUGUCCCGUACGUGUCUAUAUAUUCACGACGUAUAAAUAAAAUAUCAUAGAAAAAUAUGUAUGUCAUAUACUCCGCUAUAUGGCCCCACAUGAUUCGUAUCGCUUACGUCCUAAGCUCCUACGUUGUUUUUCGCAUUCCCACGGGAUGAUCUCUGCAAUCUCCGCGCAAUUGCCCUUUAAUUCGCCUCCGUUUUCUCGAAAUUAACGUUCAUUUUUUCUCAUUUAUUUUUCUCAUAAAGAAGAAAUCGAUCUUUUACAUGCUGUCGCUUAUUGUCGCAUUUUUAUUAUAGAAAAGGCGAGAAACAACGCUCGUC